AUGGCCUCGCUUGUUGAAAUCGAUUCUCUCGACAUUACAGUCAUCGUCGACAAUGAACUUGAUGUCAUGUCCCCUCCCCCGCCAAACACGGUCCAGUCGACCGGGUUGAUGGGGAACAUCGCACUCGAAUCUCCCCAUGCCUUGCACGAUAGAGGGGAUGCUUCCAAGGAGCUUCGCAUGAGCAGCAUUUGCUGCUCCGCCCAUGGGCUCUCAGUGAUGAUCACAGCUACAAAAGGAGAUACCAAACAUACGGUGCUGUUCGACACCGGUCCCGAAGAAGCCGUUUGGGAACGGAACGCCAAUCGCCUGCGGGCUGACAUUUCGACGAUUGAGCUCAUCCAGCUAUCGCAUUGGCAUCGAGACCACUCAGGCGGCAUGCUUCGCGCGAUACGAAUGAUCCGAGAAGCACAAAGGGCGAAUGGUCGCAGCGGCCACGAUCUCGUGGUUGAUCUGCACGACUCACGGCCAGACUACCGGGGAUUUACAAUUGGCUCCGAGACAGUUUCACUGGAGGCAGACCCCACAUUCGAGGAGAUUGAGGAUGCUGGGGCAAGGAUCGAGAAGAGCACAACCCCCCAUACGGUGCUGGACGAUAUGUUUCUGAUUUCUGGGGAGAUUCCGCGGGUGACAGAGUACGAGACCGGUUUGAAGCAUGCAGUGCGCUUUGAUAAAGCAACCGGUACAUGGGACAAGGACGAGGCGAUCAGGGAUGAACGACUGCUUGCAUGUAAUGUGAAAGGUAAGAUAGAGGGCGGUCGUCCUUGA